CUUUUCUGAUGCGGUGCCAGCAAAAACGUGAAGUCGCGUAAUUGGCCGCGCAGCGGAGUCUCAGUUAAAUGCCUCUCCAGCUGAAGUGACUCCCCCUCCCUCAGCACUACUGAGCUCUCCCAUCCCAUAACACUGCACGCAGAGAGCGCACUUUUGGACCCCUUUUAAACUUUCUAUUUAACUUUUUGAAAUCUUAUUAUUAUUGUUAGUUUGAAACAUGUUUUGGACACUGUCGUUGUGCGUAAUCUUCGCCUUUGCCAGCGCUCCGGCAGAUGCGCAAGCCUCCAGCCGGUUUGUUAUCGGAUGUCCUGCUCGGUGUGACAAGUCGAUGUGUCCCCGGCUGCCAGCGGACUGCCAGGCGGGUCAAACCCUGGACGCCUGCAACUGCUGCCCGGUGUGCGCGUCCGGCGAGGGCGAAUCAUGCGGUGGCAGCGGGAAGCUCGGGGACCCGGUGUGCGGAGAGGGGCUGGAGUGCUCGGUCUCCGGCGGGGUGGCCUACACUGUCACGGUGAGGAGGAGAAGCAAGAGUGGCAUUUGUGUGUGCAAAGCCACCGAGCCGGUUUGCGGAAGCGACGGGGUGUCCUACCGGAAUAUCUGCGAACUGAAGAGGGUCAGCCGGCGGGCGCAGAAGCUGCAGCAGCCACCUGUUCUUUUCAUUCAGCGGGGAGCCUGCGGGAAAGCUCAGGACAACCCAGACAGCCCAAGACACAAAUACAACUUCAUUGCCGACGUGGUGGAGAGAAUUGCACCGUCUGUGGUUCACAUUGAACUUUACCGCAAGAUGACCUAUUCCAAGAGGGAGGUGGCGGUUGCCAGUGGUUCUGGCUUUGUUGUGUCAGAAGACGGCCAGAUUGUGACCAAUGCCCACGUUGUGGCCAAUAAGCACCGGGUGAAAGUGGAGCUAAAGAGCGGUGGCUCCUAUGAUGCCAAAAUCAAAGACGUGGACGAGAAAUCCGACAUCGCCCUCAUAAAGAUUGAUGCACCGACCAAGCUUCCUGUGAUGUUGCUGGGCCGCUCAUCAGACCUGAGACCAGGGGAGUUUGUGGUUGCCAUCGGCAGCCCGUUUUCCCUCCAGAAUACAGUUACUACAGGAAUCGUCAGCACCACUCAGCGAGGGGGCAGAGAGCUGGGCCUUCGCAACUCCGACAUGGACUACAUCCAGACUGACGCCAUCAUAAAUUACGGCAACUCAGGAGGGCCUCUGAUAAAUCUAGAUGGUGAGGUGAUUGGGAUCAACACGUUGAAAGUGACGGCUGGCAUCUCCUUUGCCAUACCAUCGGACAAAAUUCGCCAGUUCCUGGCAGAAUCCUACGACAGGCAGUCCAGAGGGAGAGCAGCUGCUAAGAAGAAGUACAUUGGUGUGAGGAUGAUGACUCUCACUCCAGCGCUGGCCAAAGAGCUGAAGACUCGACUCCGUGACUUCCCUGACAUAACUUCGGGGGCUUACGUUAUGGAGGUUAUCGCAAAAACACCCGCUGCAAUUGGUGGACUCAAAGAGCAUGACGUCAUCAUCUCAAUCAAUGGACAAAGGAUCUCAUCAGCGAAUGAUGUCAGUGCCGCCAUCAAGUGGGACGGCAACUUGAGUAUAGUUGUGCGCCGUGGAAAUGAGGACGCCAUCCUCACAGUUGUGCCCGUGGAGAUCGACCCUUGACCCUCCAGAAAUCACACUUCAGGAGGUGAAGCUAAACUUAACUCAACGCCAGUGGACCUUAUAUUGGAGACAGGCUUCUACUGACACGCCCUCUCCCUGUGGCCAAUGAGGCCAGUGAUGCCACACAUCCAGGAAAAUUCUGGCUUUGCCUUGAAAGGAAUGACUGUAAAGAUGCUUUAAAAACAGUGCUGUACUUCUAUGUGUGUUUUCACUUUCAGUCUUUAAUGCUUUGCUCAAUGCUACUACUGUUUGGUCACAAACAUAAGAGUCUGGUUAUUGGCAUAUUGUUGUUAUUUGCUUUCUCUUGUUUUGUGUCUUUUUUUAAUAUUGACUUUUGUUCAGUCAAGUCUUCCACUGCAAUUUUAAGCAAUUUAGAGACUCGCUGAGCAAAUCUGAAUUGUAUAAUUGUUGUUUUCUAAACUUCUUUUUUAAAGUACUGUAGAAUGUUUGUGUUGGUUAUGUGAUGUACACUGAGAAGAAAAUAAAAGGUUUACCUUC